UACAUUCUGCAACUGAAAAAUGGUCAAGGCUCCAUUUGAAGUCUUGUGAAAUUCCUCUCACAGUAUAUAAUCCCUCGGUUUCGCUCUCUCUUCAUUCAAUCGAGAUCGAUAGCACAACAACAACUUAACUUAAAACUUAAUUCAUAACGCGCGUUUCUUCAAAAUCGAUUCUGGUGACAUAGUCACUUCAGAGUUUGCAAAGGAUUUGAUUAUUUUCUGGGUGCAAAUUAGCUCGACUUGAUUUUGGUAGACACUGACUGCAUGGGAAUAAUGCAGCGCAGUACGCUUAAAAGAUCAAAUGACAGUACCCGGAUUGUCAUCACAGCACUUAUGGGAAUUGCCUUUGGAGUCUGUAUUGGUAUUUCAAUUUCAUCUGCCCAUUUGUCUAAGAUUAGCUUACUUUCAGGUGUAAAGAAUUCUUUUGACGUACCUAUGUCUGAAAUAGGAAGAUCUCAUCCAUUUAUUGAAUCAUCAUCUGGAACCAAACAUAUUGAAGCCCUAGGGUCAGCUAGUUUAUCAAAGAUAAAUGCUUCAUCAAAUCCUCGUGGAGCUGAAUCACUACCCCCAGGAAUUGUUGUAUCAGAGUCUGAUCUUUAUUUGCGCAGACUAUGGGGUGAUCCUAGUGAGGACAUAAAGAAAAAGCCAAAGUAUUUACUUACAUUCACUGUUGGUUAUGAUCAGAGGCAUAACAUUGAUGCUGCAGUGAAAAAGUUUUCUGAUGAUUUUGCAAUUUUGCUCUUUCAUUAUGAUGGUCGAACUAGUGAAUGGGAUCAAUUUGAGUGGUCAAAGAAUGCAAUCCAUGUUAGUGCAAGGAAACAAACAAAAUGGUGGUAUGCUAAAAGGUUUCUGCACCCCGAUAUUGUAUCAGCUUAUGAAUAUAUUUUAAUCUGGGAUGAAGAUCUUGGAGUGGAACACUUCAACGGGGACAAGUAUAUGGAUUUAGUCAUAAAACAUGGUUUAGAGAUCUCUCAACCUGGUAUUGAGCCCAAUAAUGGAUUGACAUGGGAGAUGACAAAGCGGAGGGGUGACAGUGAAGUUCACACGGUUACUAACGAGAAACCAGGAUGGUGUAGUGAUCCGCAUUUGCCUCCUUGUGCUGCAUUUGUGGAAAUUAUGGCCCCUGCUUUUUCUCGGGAAGCAUGGCGUUGUGUGUGGCAUAUGCUUCAGAAUGAUCUAGUGCAUGGAUGGGGAUUGGACUUUGCCCUCAGAAGAUGUGUGGCGCCAGCGCAUGAAAGAAUUGGUGUAAUUGAUUCUCAAUGGAUUAUUCAUCAAGUAAUUCCUUCUCUCGGGAAUCAGGGACAAUCCGACGACGGAACAGAUCCACGGGAGGCGGUCCGAAAAAGAUGCAGAACUGAAUGGGCGGAGUUUCAAGCCCGCCUAAGCAAUGCUGACAAGGAACAUCUCAAUGAACUUAAACAGAAUGGGAAGGGUUGAUACAUGCAUCUUCCUAUUGUACAUGCCGAAAAUAUACUAGGGGGCUUUUGCUGUGUAUUGGUUUCUUUCUCCCCUCUGAGUAUAAUUUUUUAUAUAAAUGAUAACAUUCAUCAAUGUAACUCUUAAAUUCAAAGUUUUAAGGUGGUCGUGGAGUUUGGUAAAAAAAAGUCUCGGAACCAAACCAAUUAUAUCAAGUUUGGUUUGGGUUUGAAAUGAAGUAACCAACUAUUGAAACCAAUCAGAAUCAAUUUGAAUAGUUUGGUUUAAAUUAUUGGAUUCAUUGAGACUAUUU